UGACCGAUGGGCCUGGAGGGCGAAAGAAGAAAAUUAAAUAGAAAAGCCAAGUUGACGGAGAAGGGGCUGGGAGGCUUCCGGACGCCUGAAAGGUUGUCCCCGUCUCCGUUUCCACGGGCGUGAAGAUUUAGAGGCGCCUCCAGCGCGAGGGCUUUGAAACCGCCAUCACCUCCCGAUCCCUUCGGAAGGAAAAGCCGGCAGAGCUGAGGCCAGGGGUGGGUGGGUGGGGGGGCAAGUAAAAGCUUGGACUUGUGUGCAACGCAUCCUUGGCUUUGGAUUUUAAGGACGCGAACGAGAAUUAACAGCGUUUCAAGGGAAUCUGUUGGAGAUGGUUUCAAGAUGUAGAACGCUUGUAAGUGAAGUAUCCCAAAUGAAUUUGGAACAUCCACAUUGAGACUGCUUCAUAUUCUGAAAUUGAAGAGUGCCACGGGAAGGCUGUAUCACUGUAUCAUGAGCUUCUUGGGCUUCUAAAGUGUUGGAUGGAGUUUUAAUCAUAUGAGCCUAGAAAUAGAGUCAUGCGAAGCAGGUCAGAGAAGAACAUGGAGAGCGGCCACUGUCAGCAUGAGGAGCCCAACAAAUCAGCCUGGUGAGAUGAGAAAAACAAAAUGCAGCUUUCAAGGUUCACUUCAAGCAGUUGGCUUGUGGGACUCUGAGAGAUGCUGCCGCCCAUGACAUGUUGGAAUUAUCAUGAUCAACUACCCAGUUUGGAUUUCAGCCAGUGGCCAGGAGCUUUGCAUGGUAGACAGCAAGGGUUGGAUUUUUAAAAAGAGUAAACCAGCAGAGGAGGAAAUUCCUGUGUUUCCAGAACACCCAGAACUCUCAUCACAUUGGAGUAGGAUUGUCUGUUUAUUUCCAGUCACUAGAAGGCCCGUGACCGAGGUGUAGACUAAGAAGUGGAGUCAUGCUUCACACCGCCAUAUCAUGUUGGCAGCCAUUCCUGGGUCUGGCUGUGGUGUUACUCUUCAUGGGAUCCACCAUCGGCUGCCCUGCUCGCUGUGAGUGCUCCGCCCAGAACAAAUCUGUUAGCUGCCACAGAAGGCGGCUGAUCGCCAUCCCAGAGGGCAUUCCCAUCGAGACCAAAAUCUUGGACCUCAGCAAGAACAGGCUGAAAAGUGUCAACCCUGAGGAAUUCAUAUCAUAUCCUCUGCUGGAGGAGAUAGACUUGAGUGACAAUAUCAUCGCCAAUGUGGAGCCAGGAGCAUUUAACAAUCUCUUUAACCUUCGUUCCCUCCGCCUAAAAGGCAAUCGCCUAAAGCUGGUCCCUUUGGGAGUAUUCACGGGGCUAUCCAACCUCACCAAGCUGGACAUUAGUGAGAAUAAGAUUGUCAUUUUACUGGACUACAUGUUCCAAGACCUUCAUAACCUGAAGUUUCUAGAAGUGGGGGACAAUGAUUUGGUUUACAUAUCACACAGGGCCUUCAGUGGGCUGCUGAGCUUGGAGCAGCUCACCCUGGAGAAAUGCAACCUAACAGCAGUACCAACAGAAGCCCUCUCCCACCUCCGCAGCCUCAUCAGCCUGCAUCUGAAGCAUCUCAAUAUCAACAAUAUGCCUGUGUAUGCCUUUAAAAGAUUGUUCCACCUGAAACAUCUAGAGAUUGACUAUUGGCCUUUACUGGAUAUGAUGCCUGCCAAUAGCCUCUAUGGUCUUAACCUCACAUCCCUCUCCAUCACCAAUACCAACCUGUCCACUGUUCCCUUCCUUGCCUUUAAACACCUGGUAUAUCUGACCCACCUUAACCUCUCCUACAAUCCCAUCAGCACUAUCGAAGCAGGCAUGUUCUCUGACCUGAUCCGCCUUCAGGAGCUCCAUAUCGUGGGGGCCCAGCUCCGCACCAUUGAGCCUCACUCCUUCCAAGGGCUCCGCUUCCUUCGUGUGCUCAACGUGUCUCAGAACCUACUGGAAACUUUGGAAGAGAAUGUCUUCUCCUCCCCUAGGGCUUUGGAGGUCCUGAGCAUCAAUAACAACCCGCUGGCCUGUGACUGCCGUCUCCUCUGGAUCCUGCAGCGGCAUCCCACUCUGCAAUUUGGCGGCCAGCAGCCCAUGUGUGCUGGUCCAGACACCAUCCGUGAGAGAUCCUUCAAGGAUUUCCACAGCACUGCCCUUUCUUUUUACUUUACCUGCAAAAAACCCAAAAUCCGUGAAAAGAAGUUGCAGCAUCUGCUAGUGGAUGAAGGGCAGACGGUCCAGCUAGAAUGCAAUGCUGAUGGAGACCCUCAGCCUGUGAUUUCCUGGGUGACCCCUCGAAGGCGUUUUAUCACCACCAAGUCCAAUGGAAGAGCCACCGUGUUGGGCGACGGCACCUUGGAAAUCCGCUUUGCCCAGGAUCAAGACAGUGGGAUGUAUGUUUGCAUCGCUAGCAACGCCGCUGGGAACGACACCUUCACAGCCUCUUUAACGGUGAAAGGAUUCACUUCAGAUCGCUUCCUUUAUGCCAACAGGACCCCUAUGUACAUGACUGACUCCAAUGACACCAUUUCCAAUGGCACCAAUGUCAAUACCUUUUCCCUGGACCUUAAAACAAUACUGGUAUCUACAGCCAUGGGCUGUUUCACAUUCCUGGGAGUGGUUUUAUUUUGUUUUCUCCUUCUUUUUGUGUGGAGCCGAGGGAAAGGCAAGCACAAAAACAGCAUUGACCUUGAGUAUGUACCCCGAAAAAACAAUGGUGCUGUUGUGGAAGGGGAGGUGGCUGGACCCAGGAGGUUCAACAUGAAAAUGAUUUGAGGGUCUACCGUUCACACUAUUGUUUCUGUGUCAUUGUGGGUAACCAGUGAGACAUCUGGCACAGUGAAUUACUAGGUUAAAAGGCAGCCAAGUACAGCUGCCCCUGUGUCAAAGCAGGGUCCAUGGAAGCAGGAGGACUUCUUAUGGAGACUCUCCACCUACAGGCAGGCAGACAUGUGUCAGAGCCCUUCACAGUGGGAUACUAAUUGUUUGCAUUGCAAAUAUUGGCAUUCUGGGGAUCUCAGUAAUGAACCUGAACCUUUGGCUCAUGCUCAUGGACAAUUACUCAACAUUUUCUACCACUGCAAAAACAAAAGAAAAAAAAAUAAAAAGGAACAACCUACAAUGUAGGAUUUACAUAUUAAAAAGACACAUUUGUCUAAAACAUACUCUACAGAAAAAUUUGUAUCUCUGAUUAUCAUUUGUUAAAGCCUUGCAUCAUACCAUAUUGUUGAUUCAGCACCACAAAGAAGUCAAUAUAUUCUUUACUCUUUUUUUUGAAACAUAUAUGCUGUAUAUGUUUUAAAGCAAUAUGAAUGAGAGGUUGUGCUUUUAGUUACUCACCAUUAUAGAUCCAAGUGUGAUUUCACCUUCCUUUACAUAGAGAUGACCCUGAGACUAGAUCCCUGGAGUUAUGGGAGGAGAUAUGUGGAAUGAGGAGUUUGUCUGAUGUAGGAUGCCAAGAAAUAGGACCCAAGGAAAACUGCUCAACUCUGUUAACUUCUGUUACUAUAAAUAAAGGCAUGUGCCUAGUUUUGAUACAGAAUGGAAUAUUUUUUAUACUUGUGAUAUCACACUGGACCAGUUUACUGUAACAAAGCCCUUGGUUUCUCCAGAAGGUUGUGUGCCACUAGUUGUACCUGUAAAAUGCAAGGUAGGUGUUAAUAAUGAAGAUGAUCCAUUUAAACACAACUUGAUUUUACUUUCAUCAGUUGAGACUAAUGGGUUAAUAGGAAAUCGAAGCGCAUAUAGUCGUUGUAUAUACUCAUACGGUGAUAAUUUACCUUGUAGCUGAGAUCAAGAAUUCGAUGUUCAAAAGCUCUCUGGAUGAAAAGGAGUUUUUCUCAGAUGCCAACACAAACCAGGGUGAUCCAGGCAUACCAUGAUGUUAAUGCAACUGAGGAUCUGUUACAAUGAUAGCUGUCUGAAGGCUGGAUUGCUGCCAGGAAAUAUCUAGCUUACCAUUCUGAUGUUUUCUAUUCAACUAUUUACUGUACAUACAGUAUUAUCUUGAAUGGGUAACUUCAGGGUUUUUUCCCUGCUUCCUUUAUUUUGAAAAUUAUCUUGUGUACACAAGAAGUAUUGAUCUUGUUUAUAGAGAGGUGAGGAAAAAAAGGUGAAUUAAACAGCACUUAGUUUUUUCUCAGUGAGGAAAAACUAAGAUCACUAGCCCUACAAAUAUGUUAAAUGGUGCAGAUACUUUUACCCCUCUAACCCAAGAAUCUCUGUCCAAUUCAGUUUGUAUUAAUGAUUGUUACUUAAAACAUAGUUUAAAAAAAAAAUGGCAUCCUGCCACUACCACCAAUGAUCUGGUUCAAAUGAGCCAUAAUUCCAUUUGGCUAAAUGUUCAGUGAAUGGUUUUCAAGGCAUAUAUUCAUAUGACCUGAGAAAGCACUGAAUAUAGAAUGUAUUCAUGAAAUACGAUCUAUUUAAUCAGCAAAAGAUAGGAAAUGUCUAUACUUUCUACAUUUUGAGAGGGACCUGAAAAUGAGCCCCCUUUUGGACAGUGAAUAGGAGCUGAGGUUUGGUUCUUGACAUAUCUGAUUGGGGGUAUGACUUUCAAAAAGCUGGCUUUUUUUUUAGCAUUUGAAAUUUUGAGGAGCUUCAAUAAAAUUAAAUUGACCCCAAUAAAAAAGUGACAGGUCUAGAAAUUGUUUUGCCAGUUGGAUAGUAGCACAGUAAAACCCCUUUCUCCCUUAAUAAAGGGUAGAAAUGAGAUAGAAAGAUUGAAGAAUUGCCUGUUUAAGUCAUUUUUCAUUUGACUUUCCUCGUGAUUAUCAUCGAUCUUUUAGAAAUUCAUUUUCCACUCAUGGCAAUUACUUUAUAUUAUAUAUCCAAUAAUACAGAUCAAGAUUUUUCUGCAAUUUCUAUUUCUUGUGUGCAGGUGGAAUGCAAUCUUUCAAACUGAAAAGAGAACAAACUGGAGGGCUAGUCUUUCAAAACUUAAUAGAAAAUACUUCAUCUUAUUGUCCAACAAAAAGAGAAAACACUGAGCAAUUAACAAAAGGGCUUUUCGAUUCUGCUAUUUUCUGUUAAAAGUUAACCAAACACAGCUUAGUCAAAUGAAAUUGGAUUAAAGUUAACCCAUCCAUGAAAAGAUUAAAAGAUUUUGUGAUUAUUCCAUUGGAAGAAGAAAGACUGCACUUUUUCAGGGGCUUCCAUACCCUGAUCUGUGGAAUAAUAUGUAUUUAAGAUAUUAACAAGCACUGUUCCAAAAGAAAUUUGAUAGACUACUAAGUGGGGAAAAUGCUGCAUUCUUUAACCACCUCUUGAAGUUCAAAAUCUACAUGAGCCUAAUAAAUCCUCUGAAAGUCCUGUAAAAAAAGAAUUCUGUUUAAUAUUGUCUCCUUAGGGUUUCUCUAAUUUACUUGAGCAUGAAGUACUUCCUUUUAUGAUGUAAUGGUUAACAUCUUGAAAAACUAGAGUUCCAGCAAACUCAGUUUGGUCAACAGUGGACUAAAGUAGUCCUCUUCUGAAGUAUUCCUAAACCCACUGUUUCCAAUAAGAGUAAAAUUUACUACUUGAAUUGGGCUCCAAUAGAUUACAAAAAAAAUACCACCUACAUUAAGUGAUAUGAUCAUAAAAAUGUAUUAGCCAGAUAUUUCUAGGAGAAUCUGCUGCUUUCUGCCAGAAAUAUCACCUAAUGGAUUUACAGUUAACUUGAGGCUACUUAAUUGUCUACAGUCUUCACUAGUGGAGCAGAUCUUGGAUUCUUUUUUAGAUCUGUAAAGCUCUGACCAGGGGUUCCAUUAACUUGCUCUGGGGCUUGGUAUGGAGUUACACACAAGGAAUUUUCCCUUAUAGCUUUAAAUUACAUCUUUGUUAAAGCAAAGUAGGCCAUGGUAGAGAGUAACAGCUCAGAGAGCACAUGGGCCAAAUUCUCUUCUUAGUAGUCAUCUCUGACUCCUCUUCUUCCCAGAGGAUUUGUCUUAAAGUAUCUCAAAAAGAAAUACAGUUCUUUGGCUCUGCAUUUAGUUCUGAAUUGAACUGCUGGGUUGAUUCAGCAUUUCAGUUUUGUGUGUGUGUGAGUGUGUGUAUCACAUACAUAAUAUAUAUGAAGCAUUUUCAGAGAAAUAUUUGUUUUCUCUAGGCAUUAAAUCUCUAGAAGAACAAAUUCUCUGGCUAGAGUUCUGAUAGUCUGAGAGAAUUGAUCUAUGUCCCCAGGUGUCUGAAAUGCAUAUCAUUAGAGUAAGGUAACCCAACCAAACAAUCUGGCUUAGUGUGUUCCUGGUAAGGGAUUUCUAUUUGUCCAAAUUUUCCUAGUACUCACUUUUUUAAACCUCAUUUCAUUUUCAUUGCAUUUGUAAUUAUGAACUCUUCCAAUAGUCUCAAAAUUUCAAAAUGUAAACCAUAAUUGCCAGACUUAUACGUCCUAGUUCCUGAGGACAUUUGUCAGAUUUCUAGUUUUGCUCAAGCUUUCUCAGAAAUUUUGCUUAUCACCAACAACUCCCCCAUAGUACAAAAGCAUUCAGGAUGUGCUCUACAGUGUUGAAGGCAGAUUCUUUUGUCAUUGUUCUGUCAACUAUUUUGUUCUCCUCAGUUCUCAGAGAAACCCAGAAGUUGUAUAAUCUUCUAUGAGUAUCUUUUUUAGGUUUUUAUUUUUUAAGUUAUCUCUGCACCCAGAAUAGGGUUCAAACCUACAACCCCAAGAUCAAGAGUCAUGCGCUCUACUGACUGAGCCAACCAGACACCCCUUCGAUGACUAUUUUUUAAAGGGAUUAUAUAAAUCUCACCUGCAUUGAAGCCUGACUUUUGUCACUUUCCAUGACUCAAGUAGGAACAAACAUUUAUAUUUUAGACAGUAUGAAAGAGAGGAUGUGAUCUUGGAGAAGAAAAAUUAAGUACAUCUCCAUGUAAAUGAACUCACCCUUCCAGGUUUUCCCUUCAUCUCUGCGUCAAGACAUUUGUUUUAACUCCAUGGGCUAUGCUCAGAAACUGUUCAACAACAUGUAAUAUGUCUUCAGGCUUUUUAGAAAAGAAAAAAUAAAUCAUUUUCAGUGUAGAAAGCUAAGACCUGACAAAAGUACAUUACCAAAUUUAAUGAAAGGUUAGAGGGAGAUACUUGAAUCCAUUUUAAUUCUAUUUCCUUUAUUGCUAAAAUUCAUAGUUACUAUCUUCCAAGAAAGAAUCCUAAAUUCUUUAAACUUAGGUUAUCUUUCAUCCCUGUUUCCUAUGUCCUGGUCACCUUUAUAUAGCUCACAUGAUCUAUUCCAAAGGGAUUUUAUGACAUGUGAAUCUAGUAACCAAACCUUUGGGGCGAAAGCUAUUCAUUCUACUGGGUACUUAGGUAAAGAUACAUCAUUCUUUAUUACUAGCAUUAGGGCCUAGCAACAUUCCCCAUGGGACAAGUACAUCAUGUAUGUGCCUGGUUAUUUCCACAGACCUUCCACCACUGCCUUUGGGAGCUCCAUUCUUUCUGUAAAGUCCUUGAUAUUUUCUGAUUGAGGAGUUUAAGAGCAACUCUGCCUCUUUUUGUGGGAAGCCUUGAUAAUGAAAUUUUAUCUGAAUUGUUGAUUUCAGAAUGACAUGUGUUGGUUAGGCACAGUAGGUGCUUCCUGGUACUUUGGCAAACACUUGACAAAUCUCUAGGUCAUUGUUCCCUUAGCUCCUUAUCCCCAAGAGAGCCGUCUUAUUCUCACUGUAGUGAAAAUAUGGCUAUAGGGAGAGGACAACUUCACAAAUGAAGUCUACAUGCUCAAAAUGAUAGCUGAUUUACUAUGAUAUUUAGCUAAGUCACAUAACAAAAACUCGGUCUAGGGGCCAUAAGUCUCAAUUUGCAAGGUUUAGCCAAGUAAACCAUGGUUUAAAUCAACAAUGACAAGUUUCCAAUUCUGAAAUUGGUUGGUCUGUUUUGGGAGCUGUAAAUGUGGCUGUAUUUC